CUCGUCCGUUUUUCAUUGUCUCCCAUUGUUCGCGGUCACCUUUUCACGGCCGUGGUUGGGGAGUGCUUUGGGCUUGCUUGGCGGAAUGUUGCUAUCCUGAUGACAAGAGAUUGAGGUCGGCGCCAACUCCAUCACCACGCUCCUCCAACUCCACACACCUCCACCUCGCGCCUCUCACGACCCCUCGCUCCACGCCUCCUCACAAUGGACCAGUCCGAUCCAAUCUCAGACUCGACGCCAAACAAGAGGCGGAAGUUGAACGAUGGCAAGGCUUGGGACUCGCAGGAUGACAGCGGCGACGACCUGUCCGAGUCGGACUUCAACACCGUCGCCACGCUUCGCCUCGAGACGCCGCAGCUGCAGUACACCAAGGACCAGUUCCACGCCGAUCUGCGCCCUUCGCAAGCCGCCGCUGAUAACCAGACGUACAUCACGCAGCCCACUCAAGCCAUCAAUCUCAAUACUUCUACGCAAUCGAGAACCCUGGGUUCGUCGUUGCCAAACACCUCCGAUGUCCUGGUCGAGCAAUCCUCACCUGCUCCUUCUCCGCAGGCCAAAGCGCCACCGCCUCCUGUGCGUAGAGCGCUUGCACCCAACGCUCGUGGAGGGCUGUUAGCAAGUGCCAUGGCUCCUCCAGGCACCUCGUUUCGCGCCCCUCCCGGAAUCCAAUCUCGCCCCAAGCCGAUCACCAUUGAUGUCGACAGUGACGAGGAUCCGCCAGUGCACCACAGCUCAGAUGAAGAAGAGGCGCGUGUGCCGACAAACACGUUAAAACCGACAAUCUUCAAACGGAGGGAGCGGGAAACGACACCGAAUCGCGCCGAUAAGAUUGUGCACGAAACCCCGCGCGCUCCAAGUGUGUUCGCCUCGUUGAUGUCCGACUUUGCAUACAGCUCGCCGCCUGUGAAAAUCGCAGAUGAUUUGGUUAGCUCCUACUCCAACGCCUCCCGACGACCUCGACCCCAACUGGCAUCGAGGCCCUCGGCGAGCUCGGCGGCCACACAGCCGAAACCCAACAUGUACAAGGAACUGACUGACAUUGAUGAUUUUGGGUUGAGGAGGAAAGUGGAGUCGAUUCGCAAGGCCUGGCCCGACGAAUCAAUUCAGCGUUGCAUGGAAGCCUUGGAGAAAUGUCACCGGAACGUCGACGAUGCUUGUGCGUGGCUCUUAGAAGAGGGCGAGAAAGAUGCGCCGGGUGAGACGGUCGACGAGGCCGAUGAGCUGUCGUCGACCAGCCCUGUGGUGAGGCGUGGUAUUGCGGUGGCAUCCUCAAGGAAUGUACCCGCCCCUUCACAGCCAAUUCGCUCGGCGGCAAAGCAAGAGGUCAAGGCUCCGAGUCUCACCAUUGCCGAAAAGUACGGUGCGGGGAGGAGUCAGUCGCAAGGGUCGAAAGUUCCACAGUCUCCUAUUAUCAUUGAGGACGACGAUGCAGUCAAACCUGCGAGGAAGCGGCUUCAACAAGGCAGAAAGACUCCCAGAUCGCCGUCGCCAGCAUCCGACGCCGCGCCGCAGAAGCCACCGCAACCUCUCCAGCGCUCGAAGCAGCAGCAACAGCGACAUCACAUCAUCAUUAACGACGACUCCGAUUCUGAUUCGGGUGGGAUUGAGAUUCAGAAUGAGGAGCAGGCAAGUGCAUCUGACCGGCGCCUGCUCAAGUUCCUCAACGAGUGCACAGUGGAAGAUUUGGUUGAUCUUUCGGCUCAGCCGGCGGAUAGCGUGAAACUGGUCCUCGACCAACGUCCAUUCGCAACCCUGGACAUCGUCCGCACCAUUACCGUCACCGAAGACAAUACCACCAAAUCGGGCAAGAGAUCGAAGAAGACGAAGGCGGUCGGAGACAGGAUUGUCGACGUCUGUGCGGAGAUGCUCACGGGCUAUGAUGCGGUCGACGAGCUCGUCGAGGAGUGCGAUCGAAUUGCUAAGCCGAUCAAAGACGCGUUGAAGGCUUGGGGCGUUGGUGCUACGAGCGGCGAAGGCGAGCUGCAGAUGAUGAAGCUGGAUGAAGCCCACGACUCUGGCAUCGGCACACCGUCGAGCUCUUGCCAUGGUGAUGACGGCGCGCCGGGGAGCAUCACGCCCAAGUCGAAGCGCAACUUCCUGGCGCAGCCGCCGAGCAUGAAUGCCGAAAUGACGCUGAAGGAUUUUCAACUGGUUGGCCUGAACUGGUUGAGCUUGCUGUGGUCGAAGAAGGUAUCUUGCAUCCUCGCCGACGAUAUGGGGCUGGGCAAGACGUGUCAGGUCAUUGCAUUCCUCGCCCACCUGCAAGAUCAACAUGUCGAGGGUGUGCACUUGGUAGUAGUGCCAGGCUCGACGCUCGAGAACUGGCUCCGCGAGUUUGCGCGAUUCGCCCCCAAACUCAAGGUCGUGCCCUACUACGGUUCGCAGGGCGAGCGCGAAGGGCUGCGAUACGACAUUGAACAGGAGCAGGACAGCAUCGACGUGAUUGUCACUACGUACGACAUGGCGCAGAAAGACCGCGACAAUAAAUUUCUCCGUCGACUCCAGCCUGUCGUGUGUAUCUACGACGAGGCACACGCUCUGCGCAACACUCAGUCGGACCGCUAUAGGCAGCUGACUAGGAUUCAGGCCUCGUUCCGUGUGUUAUUGACUGGCACGCCGCUGCAGAACAACCUGCAAGAGCUUGUGGCAAUUCUGGCCUUCAUCAUGCCGGAGCUCUUUCAAGAGAAGCGAGAGGAGCUGCAGUACAUCUUUCAGCACAAGGCGACUACGAAAGACACCGACCAUGCCGUACUGCUGUCAAACGAGCGGAUCGCGAGAGCGCGCACGAUGAUCACUCCGUUUAUCCUACGACGGAAGAAGCAGCAGGUCCUCGAGCUUCCCGCGAAACACAGUCGGGUGGACUACUGCGACAUGACGAAGACGCAAGUCAACUACUACGCCGAGCUUCUCCAGCAAUUCCAGGAACAGUACCACGAGAAGAAGACGGCACGUCAAAGCUCGAACAUGCUCAUGUCUCUCCGCAAAGCCGCCAUCCACCCCUUACUUUCCCGGCGCCUGUACGACGAUAAGAAAAUCGACAAAAUGGUGGCGCGGUUGGUGAAGCACGACGAAUUCAGCCAGAACGACCCGCAGAAAGUCAAAGACUUUCUCACCGGCGAGCACUACCAGAGUCCAAAAGGUGGCGACUACGCCCUGCACCGCUUCUGCGCCGAGCGCCCCUACAUGAAAGAAUUCAUGCUAAAAGGCAAACCCUGGCUGGACGCGGGCAAAGUCAAAGCCUUCCAGAAGCUCGUGCGGGAGUACGUGGAGAACGGCGACCGCGUGCUCGUCUUCUCGCAAUUCACCACCAUGAUGAACAUCCUCGAGGCCGUGCUAGACGACAUGGACACCAAAUUUUGCCGCCUAGACGGCUCGACGAGCAUCCAGGUGCGGCAGGCGCUGAUCGACACGUUCUAUGAAGACGAUUCGAUCAAGGUUUUCAUGCUGUCUACCAAAGCGGGCGGCGCGGGGAUCAAUCUGGCGUGCGCGAAUCGUGUCAUUAUUUUCGAUUCGGGGUUUAAUCCGCAGGACGACAUUCAGGCGGAGAACCGCGCGCAUCGCGUGGGGCAGACGCGCGAGGUGGAGAUUGUAAGGCUUGUUACGCGGGGAACGGUCGAGGAACAGAUUCAUGCGUUGGGAGAGUCGAAGCUGGCGCUUGAUGAGAGGGUUGCGGGCGAGGGGGUGGAGGAGAAGCAGGCGGAGAAGAUGGGGGAGCAGAUUGUGGAGAGGAUGCUGUUGGACAGUUUGAAGGAAGAGGAGGGUGAGGAGGAAACGAAGGAUCUGAAGGACAUGUUCAAGUCUGGGUUGGAGAGUGCUGGGGUCAGAGUUGCUUCGAAACAGGCCCGGUUUUAAUGCCGUGGCUCUUGAGCAUUCUCUCCCGCGGAGAUGGCCAAAUCAGGAAAGAAUGGCAAUCUUGGGCCAGGGGUGAAAAUGGAGCAGCAGCUCGGACGGAAAUGUCGCAUAUCUUGGGCUCGGAUGAACUGAAGACGAUAUCCAAACACACGAUAACGCAUGCAGUCUACCCGUUGACGUGUCACUCCUGGCCUGGCCUUAUCACACCGACCGCUGCAAGAAUUCGGACAAUUGAUUGCAGGCGCAUGUGCAUUAGGGGCAAUUAAGGAAUUAAGCUUUCCGUCCGUCUCGUCGGGAUUCCGGCACGCGUCCGGCGGCCAAAC